CUGUGAUUAAUGUUAAAUCUAACGACAAUGCAUGUUUCGCGUGGGCGAUAGUCACCGCUCUACACCCAGGGGAAAGGUACACAGAUCGCACAUCAUUGUAUACUCACUACGCGAGCGUACUCAAUCUUCAAGACAUUGAGUUUCCCAUGAAGAUUAAUCAAAUAACAAGAUUUGAACGAUUAAACAAUAUAUCCAUCAAUGUGUACAGUAUCAUGGGAAAAAAGAACGUCUACUAUUGUUCCAAUACGUCUCACCGAUGGAAAGAGGGAAAAGCACGUCAACUUGCUACACAUUUCGGACCCCUCGAGACCACAACGCGGAACAUUUCGCAUUUGGAUCAAGAACUUAUCCCGGCUCAUGAGCUCGCAGUUGAGCAAGUAUAAAGUCAGAAAAUACAUUUGCGAUCGGUGUCGGCACUAUUUCCAUUCCAACGAGAAGCUGGAGAGUCACAUCACAGACUGCCAAAAAUUGAACGACUGCGCCAUCAUUCUGCCGACUGAGGACAACAAGUGGCUAAGCUUCCGCAAUUACAGCAGGAAGGAGCGAAUCCCAUUUGUAGUGUACUCUGAUCUGAAGUGUACACUAGAGAAGACCGCAAAGAACGGGGAAGAUCACAAAUCGCACACGAAUCAGCAUCACAAGAGACACCCACCCGACCUGAGACAGAAUUUCCCUGGUGGCCGCGAAAUUAUCCGGCAAGCUUUUAUUCGCAAAGGAACACCACCAGCAGCCCUGACAACAACGCUGGCAUCAAUCACGAACGCUACAUUGAAUCAAUACUCCAAGCCCUUAAAUCUGUGGUGAAGUUUCUGCAUUCAAAACCAGAUCAACUUUUUUUACACUGCCAGUCUCUGCAUUCUUGGAAUUUUUGUCCUCUGUGUUAUCACAGGUAAGUUAUACGCAACCUUGAAUACCUAUCGUUCGGCCAUAUCGCUUGUUUCGUCGAACGAGGUGGGUUCUUACCCUUUGAUUACUAGAUUCUGCAAAGAAGCAGCGAUUCUAAAACCGCAAAGACCGCUACGACUUUGUCUGGAAUCCUAGACCGGUGAUAGAUCACCUAUCAUCCUUGUUUUCACACGAGGAACUUUCUCUAGAAAUGUUAUCUAGAAAGCUUGUGUCGCUUCUUGCCUUGACAAUAGCUCAAAGAAUGCAGACUCUGGCGGUUAUUCAACUGUCAAAUAUUUCGAUGGCUGAUUCGUUAGUCGUUAAGAUCCCCACUAGACUUAAGACAUCAACGGUUGGUAAAUUUCAGCCUUUGCUUUACUUCAAACCUUUCGCCGAGAAACCGGAACUUUGCGUCGUCUCUCUGAUUAAAACUUACCUACAGAUCACCGAGGAUCUGCGUCAAGAAGGCUGUGACUCUCUCUUCAUCUCUCCCCGAUCUCCACACAGCGCAGCUUCCUCCCAGACGCUAGGGCGUUGGGUUAAACUAGAACUGAAAGCUGCUGGUGUCGAUAUAUCUAUUUUUUCGGCGCACUCUACUCGUCACGCUUCGACAUCGUUCGCGGCAAGCAGAGACAUUACUACAUAGGCUGAAAAGUCCCGGGAUUUUUAAUGAAAACAAGCGUUUUUGGGGCAAAGUUAUAUUUAUUCUUCAACAUAGUUGCCUUCGAGUGCAAUACAAUUGGUAUAGCGAUUUUCCAACAUUUCGAUGUCCUUUCUGUAGUACGAAACGUCCAAGCCUUCGAAAUACGCCUCGGUUUCCGCGAUGACUUUCUCAUUCGAUGUAAAUCUCUUUCCCUGGAGCCACCGCUUGAGGUUUGGGAACAGAUAAUAGUCGCUGGGGGCCAAGUCUGGAAAAUACAGCGGGUGAGCAACCAAUUCGAAUCGUAAUUGGUCCAAUUUGACCAUCGCUUUCAAGGAUGUGUGUGACGGUGCGUUAUCGUGAUGGUACAGAAUUUUUUUCUUCGCCAUAUGGGGCCCUUUUCUUUAUUCCGUCGUUCAGUUUGUCCAAUAAGGCUGCAUAAUACUCUCCCGU